UGGUGGUCAAUAAUAAAUUGUUUUGACGUCGACGUCACGUUCUCUCCCCACUUUCUUCUCUACAGGGCUGGGAUAGAUUUUUUUGGUCAAACAUUUCCCCAUAUUAAUAAUAAUUAUACUACACAACUUUCAAAUAUUACUUUAUUCUACAUAGUAUAUACAUACAUAUAUAAAAAAAAAAGGGAUCAUGGUUCAAGAAGUACCUCCUCCUCAAGGAUUUUCUGAAGUUAAAUAUAGACGUUAUUUACCCAAACGUGGACCUUCUGGUCUUGUUCUUCUUGCAAGUAUUGCUGCCAUUUCAGCAUUUGGGUUUUAUAGAGUAGGUCAAAACAAUUUAGAAAGAAGAGAAUUAAAACGAGAAAAUCUUUGGUCUCGAAUUCAUUUGAUUCCACUUUUAACAGCUGAAGCAGAUCGUGACAUGUACCGCCGUAUGGAAGCUGCAAGAGGACAUGAAGAAGAAAUUAUGAAAGAUGUUAAAGACUGGAAAGUUGGAGAAUCAGUUUAUAAUAAUACAAGCUAUUUUACUCCACCAAGCUAUGUACUUGUUCCUGAAAAUGAGAAAUAAUCUUCCAAAUGAUAAUAAAUUGUCAAAACAUACAUUCAUACAACAGUAGUCUUGUAUAAUAUAUUCUAUUUAUUUAUUUUUAUCAUGUCAUAAACAAUAAAAGAAAGGGAGAGGGGAAAAAAAAAAGAAGAAGUUAUAACUGCAUAAAAAGAAAGAAUUGCAUAAGUAAAAUUGUAUAUGCUUCGUAUACAAUAAACAUGUGUGUGUGUGUAAUAGGUUUUAUCUUGGAACAUAAUAAAAAGGCUUCUC